AUGGUCGCCGGUGUGGUGGGCCGAGCUGAUGUUCUAGCGUGCUUCUUCUUCCUCUCUUCUGUUUUGUCCUAUCAUGGGUGUUCAGGAAGGCACCGGGUGCUGUCCAGCAUACUGCUAGCUUCCCUGAGCAUGCUGGCAAAGGAGACUGGAUUAACUGCACUCCUGUUCAAUGUUGUCUUUGACCUAUAUAGAUGUUCUGGAGCAUUAUUCAGAUCACCGGUCCGUUGGCGAUGGAAAGGCGACGUGUGUGGACGGGUCAGUCGGGGUCUAGCUGCACUAAUCAUCUUGGCAUCGGCUCGACUGACGCUGCUUCAAGGGUGUCUACCCGCCUUCUCACCCCAAGACAAUCCACCAGCCUUCCACCCUUCUUUUUCAGUCAGAUUAAUGACAUUCUGUUACCUGGCUGCUUUCAAUUGGUGGUUGCUACUCUGCCCCUGGACUCUCAGCCACGACUGGCAGAUGGGCUCUAUUCCCCUUCUCUCCAGCAUCUGGGACUACAGGAACCUUCUUACUGGUGCCGCUUUACUAGCGCUACUUGCUUUGUUGUACAGGUUGUUUAUGGAUUUGGAGCUGCAAAGACACACUCCAGCAGUAGUAGGAGUACUUCUCCUAGUCAUCCCCUAUCUACCAGCUUCCAAUCUCCUCGUUACUGUGGGCUUCGUUCUUGCUGAACGAGUACUGUAUAUACCAAGCGUGGGCCUAAUAAUAAUAACAGUAUAUGGAGUUCAAUUGAUGUGGCGGCGAGGAGCUGGUGCUAGGAGGCUGCUGAUCCUGGGCGUGGGGGUGUUGGUGGCUAGUGGAGCUGCCAGGACGUAUCUUAGGAACCGGGAUUGGAGAACUAGGGAGACAUUAUUGAGAGCUGACCUCGCCGUUUUGCCACACAAUGCAAAGUUGCACUACAAUUUUGCAAACUUCCUCAAAGACAUCGAACAGCAAGAGAACGCUGUCAAACAUUACAAAGAGGCGCUGAAAUUAUGGCCGAGCUACGCGAGUGCGCACAACAACUUGGGUACUCUGGUGGUGGCGUCGGGGCGCGCUGAGCACCACUUCCAGCAGGCGCUCAAGUACAACAGAGACCACGUCAAUGCGCACUACAACUUGGCUAAGCUAUACAGAAAGAAGAAUAGAAUAGCAGACGCUCUAAAGAUGCUGGAGCGGUGCAUAUCUUUGGAGCCUCACUUCGUGCAGGCGCACUUGGAGCUGUUCUCGAUUGUGCCCGAGAGGGAAAAGCGAGGCGUUCUGGACAAGCUCCUAGAACUAGAGCCUAGAAAUUGGGAGCAUUAUCACUUGUAUGGAAACUGGUUGAAGGGAAGAGGUCUAUGGCCUCUAUCGCUCACCUACUACCUCAGUGCUGUGCGAUUAUCAUUCGAUGGGGCUAGGGGAAAAGUGGCCUUACCCCCUCUACGAGCAGCCAGUCUGCUGCUAAGGAGCGAAGGACAACGGACUAGGCUGCUUCAUCUACUCACUAGAUGGCAAAGCGGCGGUCAUGGAUCGCGGGGUGCAGCAGAGCGAGCGGCUGCUGCAGCAGCGUGGCGCCUACGCACCGAACUCGCAGGCCGCGCAGCGCGGUACGCGAGAGUCACGCAGAUAAAAUCUACGUGCCUUCACCAUAGCAAGUUAGAAGUCACCGCAUCAGAAUAUCAAAACAAACCAGCGUAUAGGACAAUGCCCAGUGAAGAGUUAGUGAAACCCAGUUGCCAAAAGAACAAUCUCCUCCUCUCACACUACAAACCCACCCACAACAAGUCCGAAAGUGGCAGUAAGAGAAAGAGUUGUUCCCUCAAGAGGAAACCUAACGAACGGGAUCCCUUCGCUUUGGUUUCGGACCAUUUCGUAAAGACUUAUUAG